CGUGUUUACAAUGGAAUUAAUUCGAACAAUAAAUGUUUCUAUUAUAUUGCUCCAAUCUCUUUAAACGUAGUAUCGGAUUCUGAGUGUGUGUGUAGUGCCUGGAUCAAUUGCGUGUGACUUGAAGAAAAUCCAAAGUUUGUGCAAUGUGGCAACACGAAAUUGUGAUCUCCAGCAGUCGAAUUUUGGUGGCGUCUACCGGGGUAUAAAUGGUCAAUGAGGGCACAGGAAACACCUCACUGCCUACGACAGAGAGCCAUAAUAGGCCUGGCCACGGGGCUCGCCUUCUCCAUGUGGGUCGGCUUCGGCGUCCCCCGGCCAGACGCAGUAAGGCUGCCCACCAGGAGGGACGGCUGCGACUUCAACAUUACGGCCACACCGCCGCCACCCACCCAGGACUCCAGCGAGUACUUCUACCUGCACUGCGUGUCGUACCUGUGGGUCGUCGUGCUGGGAUUCCUGCUGACACUCAUCGUGGGUGGCGGGUGUCGCCUGCGAGGGGGACCGCAGCAUGCCGCCGCCAGACCCCGACCUCUUCGUGCCGCCAGUCCGGUGGGCACUGCUCGCGAGGAGAGGGCGCAGGGUGCUGAUUUGUGGGUUCCCAGCCUGAGACAUUCCAGCCUUCCCUACAGAGGCUGCAACAACUUGGUCUAUUUAUUUUCUAGUUUUGUAAAAAAGGAAAAAAUUAUAAACACUCAGUUAUUACUGAGGAAGAAAGUUGGUGCUACCAGUAUAGCCCUCACAACAAGUGUCAAAGUGCUGAAUGGCGGAGACCUGGAUUACCAGCCUAAAAAAUACAAAUCAAAUGACAACCUUUGA